UUUGGUAGUUGUGCCCGCCCGCCCGCCCGCCUUGUGCCGUGAGCGGUCGUGGCGUCUGUUUCUUUUCUUCAGCUCGCACUUAUUUCUUGUUUUUUUUGAAAGGGAUAAUUCUUGAUGUCCGCCUCAGACGUCACAAAAAUGUCUGAAAUUGUCCGCCGCUGUCAGCUGCAGACACUGAUAACGAGCAAGACAGUGUAAAAUCGUAUUCUGUGAAAAAAGUACUAUUUAAAAAAAAAUUUAAAAAUAGCCCUCGCGUAUAACUCUGAAAUCGGGAACCUACGAGACGCGGCAGGAAAAAAAAGAGGAAAGAUAUCCGAAAUCUCCCAGAACUAGAGAUCCAAGUGGCUAGGGAGAGGAGUUGAAGAAAAUUGGCGUGAAUAAGAUUAUGCUGGAGAUUGUAGUAGGGCGAAAAGCUGAUGAAGCCUCAAGACCUGAUGUCCUUCAUCCCAGAACUUUGAAGGAGGUACCAAUAGGCGUCUUCGCUGCAUUGAUUAUCUUCUAAACUUCUGCAGAUACUGGAAAGGCUCCUGUGCUUUGGAAGGUAGCAAAUGUCACCGCAAUUUAAGAAGGAAAUGAGAGAUUAAAACAGGAAAGUGCAGAAUGGGUGCAUUUUUGGAUAAACCAAAAACAGAGAAACAUAAUGCACAUGGUGCAGGGAAUGACUUGCGAUAUGGCCUUAGCAGCAUGCAGGGUUGGAGAGUGGAGAUGGAAGAUGCUCACACAGCCAUUGUUGGCAUUCCUCAAGGUUUGGACACAUGGUCCUUCUUCGCAGUAUAUGAUGGUCAUGCAGGCUCUCGUGUGGCAAACUACUGCUCAAAGCAUUUACUUGAACACAUAACAAGUAAUGAAGACUUCAGAGGCACAAAUGUGUCUGGGUACCCCAUUGAACCUACCAUAGAACAUGUCAAGAGUGGUAUCAGAACUGGAUUUUUGAAAAUUGAUGAGUACAUGCGUAAUUUUUCAGAGCUGAGAAAUGGCAUGGACAGGAGUGGGUCGACAGCGGUAGCAGUCUUGAUCUCCCCUGAGCACAUAUACUUUAUCAACUGUGGCGAUUCAAGAGCUGUUCUGUACAGAAACGCACAACUUUGCUUUUCAACACAGGAUCAUAAGCCUUGCAACCCAAGGGAGAAAGAGCGGAUCCAGAAUGCAGGGGGCAGUGUAAUGAUCCAGCGAGUUAAUGGGUCACUAGCUGUGUCACGAGCACUAGGGGACUAUGAUUACAAGUGUGUCGAUGGGAAGGGGCCUACAGAGCAGCUGGUAUCUCCAGAGCCUGAAGUAUAUGAGAUUCUUAGAGCAGAAGAAGAUGAGUUUAUUAUACUGGCAUGUGAUGGCAUUUGGGAUGUGAUGUCCAAUGAGGAGCUCUGUGAGUUCGCUAGAUCUAGACUAGAGAUAACGGAUGAUCUUGAGAAAGUCUGCAACUGGGUGGUGGACACCUGCUUACACAAGGGAAGUAGAGACAACAUGAGCAUUGUUUUGGUCUGUUUCCCUAAUGCUCCCAAGGUUUCAGAAGAGGCAGUGCGGAAAGAUGCUGAACUAGAUAAGUAUCUGGAGUCACGUGUCGAAGAAAUUAUGCUGAAACCCAGUGAAGAAGGAAUACCUGAUUUGGUUCAUGUGAUGCGCACUCUUUCUAUGGAGAACAUUCCAAAUUUACCGCCAGGAGGUGGCCUUGCAAGCAAGCGCAGUGUGAUUGAAGCAGUUUAUAAUAGACUGAAUCCACACAGGGAUGAUGAUGGGGACCCUACUGGAGCAGAUGAAAGGGGAACAAGACCGGGCAAAUUGCUCGAGACACUCAGGCAAUUGAGAAUUAAUCAUAGGGGGAGCUACCGUCAUCUAAUGGAGGAGAUGCUGGCUAGUUACAGGCUAGCUCAGAUCCAGGGGGAAGCAAAUACCACUGAACAAGCUGCUUCUACUGCAGUAAUGCCUGCUAGAGAAUCAGAGACCAGUUUGCAGGCUGAUGAGACUCGUCCUGAGGAUGUACACUGAACUGAUUUGAAGAUGUAGUGAUAAAUGAGAAACCUUAAAAGUUCAUGAUUCCAACAUUGUGUAUCAAUUGCGUUUGCAAAUUUAUUACAUUGCAUGAGUUUGUGAUCUCUAUUGCAUGUCUUUUUCUAAAAAAAAAUGUUUUGUGCAUGUGGAUCAGAUUCUUUUGUUGUCAGGUUGCCUUAUCCACCCAAGCAGUGACAGUUAAUUUUUAAUAUCUGUUUGUAGCACGUCAGUUUUUAUUUCGUUGUAAAAAAUGUAAACACAUUAAAUGCAUGAUUCAGAACAGAUACUAUGACAUUAAUAAAUCUAUCAUGCUUAUUGUAAACGUCAGUUAUUUGUAAACAAUGACUAUGGGCAUGUUCUUGCUUUUUUUUGCAGUAUUAAGCCAGAGAGGGGAUUUGUCUUUUUUGAAUGUGUAAUAAAGCUUUAUACCAUGUCUGGACCAUUGUUUAACUUGCGCUUUUUACAUGUUAAUAUGGAUACUCUUUCUUCAUUGCAAUAAAUAUCCAAAGUAAAACGUGAAACCAGAUAGUUGUGUUUUACGUUUAAUAAAUGGCUUGUCUGGUGAUGUUCUGCUUUUUCGUUUUAAAGAUGUAAACUCUGCAGGCAAUGACUACAAAUUUGUGCAUUUCGGUACAUUGCAGUUUCAAUGUUUAUAAACCCAUUUGAAAUAAUUGCACAGUUUUACACACAUUUCUGAUUUUUAUUCAAACAUUUAUAAAUUUUGCUAUUUCCACACCUUGCCUUGAAAUAAUCAAAGCUGUCGGAUUGAGCAUAAAAUAACCUAGACUACAUGCACAACUGUGUAUUGUUUAAGACUACACAAACCCUCUCAGCCAACGUAUAACUUACUGCAAGAAAUUAUUUUGGCUAACUACUUUUAAAAAAAAUUACUUAUUUUACAAGGUAGCAAGUUGGUUAUUUUCAAUAAAGAUUUGAUGAAAUGUUUUUCUAAGUUGUAUACUAUAAUUUUUUUGAGGAUAAGUGUGUAAAAAAGUGGGUAAUGGUUGGGAAAUUGGGUACGUAUGCAGAACAGCACAUCUCAUUUAAGAAUAAAAAGGACACAAAUUUCUAAAAUAUGUGCCUUUUUAAAAAAAAAUCCUGUAUAUUGAUUAGUGGUUGAAUGUAAUAAAAAUGGAAUGGAGGGUUUUUUUCCCUGAUAUUUUAUGUAUCCGUUAAACUUUUGAUUCUGGCAAACAGGAUUUGCUUAAAAAAGACUGCCUUAAAUUUGCACAUGUCAGCUAUAUUCUGGCAUUGAGUUUGAAAUGCUGUGCGUAAGUACACUAUUUGAUUUUAAUGUUCCACAUAAAUUGCAUAGAAAAAGAACUCUAGUGGGGACUGUGCAGAUCAAGACAUCAAAUUGCAAGCAUACAAUACAGUGUUGUAGCAAACAGAUCAAGCCCUCAUGUAGCAAGCUUGAGCACACCUGAUUUAGAGGCUGUUUAUUAAAAAUUUGGAAUGUACUUUCUGAAGACUUGCCUAUAACUUGGUUAUAUUGUAAAUCAUUUUUGUGCUGUUCCUGUGUGUGAAAUAUUGUAGUAUUAUUAUAUAUAAACUUUAAACCAUACCAA